AUGUCGGCAUGGGCUGGCAUCGUCACCGAUGUGGCGGUGUGCUCUGACGGGCCAAUGCCAAUGCAUGCACCCUCAGAACAGUUCCUUGGCGGUGGAGUAGAGGCCGCCCAGUUUCACGUGCUGCUGUUCCGCGUGUUCUCCGUAGUUGCACCCAUAAAAAUAGAAGGGAAGAUGGAGAAAGGAAUCGAGCGACAAGUGGGUAUCAUAAUGGGGCUGUUUUGGGAUGGCACGAGAUUAAUGGAGAUUGAAAGGCGCCGGACGACAGAAGAGAAGGAAAAGGUGGUCGCGUAA